GUUUAACCGGGCCGGUUCAGAAAUCUUUGUUCGGUUUCGAAAUUCUUUUUUUUUUUGUCAAUUUGAACCAAACAAAGCUUUGAUUCGGUUACGAUGUGGUAGAUUUCGGUUUGGUUUACAGUGGUUUUUUGUUUGAUUGAAGCAUCGUUUUUAAUAUCAGGAUGAUACCAAUGGACACCGUGACUACUGACUACCACCAACACUUUCAUUACUGACUCUCAUCCCACUGAAAACGGAGUUAAGAAUGGGUUUGAUUUAACAGUUUUAACUUUCAUUUCAAACAUAAUUGACAUGUCAGAACAUGAGUUACACAUCAUACAUAUGCAUGGUUGCACUGCUUGUAGACGCGGAAACUUGUCACCCCUCCGUAUUUGAGGAAUGGUUGCACUGCUUGUAGACGCGGAAACAUAUGCAUGGUUGCAAUGCUUUGAAGAAUGCGCUCAAUGGCCUUAUGGAAGUUCAGAACAAAGUGAAUAAAGACCUCAAAAUAUUGGAAAUCAAAGGGAAAUCUUUGCAUGUGCAACUGAGGAGAUGGCUAAGAGAUGUGGAAGAGAUUGUCUCCAAAGCAAAUUCAAUGCAGGAAAAGCGUGUUUCAUGUGCUCCGUUCUUGAAAUGCAGGCUGAGCAAAACACUUGUUGUAAUUCUUGAGAAAGUCAAGAGACUUGAAAAGCAAGGUGUAGAGCUUCUCGACAUAUUCUCUGUGGAAGGUAAAUCUGAACUAGUUGAAAAAAUUCUUGGACCCUCGAUUCCUGAUCAAACAAUAGCAUCAGAGAUGUUAGACAAAAUUCUAAGCUGUUUAAUGAGCGAUAAGGUUCAAAAGAUUGGUAUUUGGGGUAUGGGUGGAGUCGGGAAAACGACAGUAGUCAGAGAACUGAAUAAUAAGCUAUGGAAAGAGGCUGCUACACAGCCUUUUGGUAUGGUGAUAUGGGCUACAGUUUCCAAAGAGUUUGAAGUGGGAAGGGUCCAGAAGCAAAUCGCCGAGAGGUUGGAUAUAGAAAUAAAAUUGGGUGAAAACGAGGAGAAACUAGCGAAACGGAUUUAUGGAAGGCUUGAGAAAGUAAGUAGCUUUCUUCUCAUUCUUGAUGAUGUCUGGAAACCCAUUGAUUUAGACCAGUUGGGGAUUCCAAAAACAGAUGAACACAUCUGUUCAAAGAUUGUGUUGACUUCAAGAUUUUUAGAGGUUUGCCAGAGCAUAAAAACGGAUAUUGACUUCAGAGUGGAUUGCUUAUGUGAAGAAGAAGCCUGGGAAUUGUUUUGUCAAAACGCUGGAGAAGUUACCAGAUCAGAUCGUGUUAGACCCAUUGCAAGAAAAGUUUCUCGGGAAUGUGGUGGAUUGCCUUUGGCUAUCAUCACAGUUGGAAUGGCUAUGCGGGGGAAGAAGGUAGUCAAGCUGUGGAAGCAUGCCCUUAAGGAACUCAAGAGUUCGGUGCCGUAUGUCAAGAGUAUUGAAGAAAAUAUCUACCAACCUUUGAAAUUGAGCUACGACUUGCUCGAGCCAAAGAUGAAAUCUUGCCUCCUCUUUUGUGCCUUGUUUCCAGAGGAUUACUCAAUUGAAGUAGCUGAUCUUGUAAGGUACUGGAUUGCCGAAGGGUUUAUAGAUGAAACACAAAACCAUGGGUAUUUAAUGAAUCAAGGAAUUACUUUGGUUGAAAGUCUGAAAGACUCUUGCUUGUUAGAAGAGGGUGUUCGUGAUGACACAGUUAAAAUGCAUGAUGUGGUUCGUGAUUUUGCGAUAUGGGUCAUGUCGUCCUCGCAAGAUGAUAGUCACUCUCUUGUCAUGUCUGGUAUAGGCUUGCGAGAGUUUCCACAAGAGAAGUUUGUUCCUUCUAUCCGAAGAGUUUCUUUGAUGAACAAUAUGCUUAAACGGCUCCCGGAUAAGGUGGUAGAGUGUGUUGAACUCUCGGCUUUACUGCUACAAGGAAACUUUCACCUUGAGGAAUUACCAGCAGGGUUCUUGCUAUCUUUGCCAGCACUUCGGAUUCUGAAUCUAAGUGGGACACGCAUAAGGUCAUUACCUCUCUCCCUCAGCAAGCUUCAUGAGCUUCGGUCUCUCAUCUUGAAAGACUGCUACUACCUUGAAGAAGUUCCUUCCCUUGAAGGCCUUACCAAAAUUCAAAUUCUGGAUCUCUGUGCCACCCCUAUUAGGGAUAUGCCAAGAGGGUUGGAAACUUUGAACAGCUUGAGACUACUUGACCUCUCCCGAACACAUCACCUCGAAAGCAUACCAGCGGGAAUCAUCCCACAGUUAUCAAGUUUAGAGGUUCUAGACAUGACACUUAGUCAUUUCCACUGGGGCGUUCAAGGACAAACUCAGGAAGGGCAAGCAACACUUGAGGAGAUUGCGUGUCUCCAUCGUUUAUCGGUUCUCUCCAUCAGGGUCGUAUGUGUCCCACCUCUUUCCCCUGAAUACAAUUCUUGGAUAGAAAGGUUGAAGAAAUUCCAGUUGUUUAUUGGCCCAACAGCAAACUCCUUACCUAGUAGACAUGACAAGAGGAGAGUAACAAUAAGUAGUCUCAAUGUUUCAGAGGCAUUCAUAGGGUGGUUGCUAGCAAAUACGACCUCCCUAGUGAUGAACCAUUGCUGGGGUCUCAAUGAGAUGCUGGAGAACUUGGUAAUUGAUAGCACAAAUAGCUUCAACGUUUUGAGGUCUCUAACGGUCGAAGGUUUUGGUGGAAGUAUAAGGCCUGCUGGUGGAUGUGUAGCGCAGCUGGAUCUUCUACCUAACCUCGAAGAACUUCAUCUGCGUCGUGUGAAUCUAGAAACCAUUAGAGAGCUCGUGGGGCAUCUGGGGUUGAGAUUUCAGACACUGAAACAUUUAGAGGUCAGCAGAUGUAGCCGGCUCAAAUGCCUUCUCUCAUUAGGGAACUUCAUCUGUUUCUUGCCGAACCUACUAGAGAUACAUGUUAGCUUUUGUGAUAUGCUUGAGGAGCUGUUUGACUAUUCUCCAGGAGAAGUUCCAGCCGCCACUGAACCUGUGGUACCUGCCCUGCGUGUCAUAAAGCUGAUGAAUCUUCCGCGGCUGAGGAGAUUAUGUAGCCAAGAAGAGUCAUGGGUAAGCUUAGAACAUGUGGAGGUGAUAAGAUGCAAUCGUCUCAUGAAUCUACCCAUUACGUCAAACAACGCCCAUAGAGUCAAAGAAGUAAGAGGGGAAACACACUGGUGGAACAACUUAAUUUGGGACGAUAACACUACAAGAGAAACCCUUCAACCUCGUUUCUUACCAGCUGAUGGAAAUAAAGUAAAGAACUCUCUCGGAAUCUCUUGUUAGCAGAUCAAUAAUGUAAUCAGGAUCUCAUGGCUGAGGAGAUUUGUAGAUACAAUGUGAAUGUAAUCAUGGACUUGCAGAAGCUUCUCCAGUUGUUCAAAGAAUAAGAACCGGUUGUCCAAAGUAUGUAAUACAAUAUAAUAUGGUAACUUAAUUUAUGUGUCAUGAAACGGUGUUACAGUAAUAUAUUCAGCUUCUGAACAAUGGUCAAGCAAAGGAUUACGUCUGUUAAGAACAAUUUUCUUAAUAUAUUCACACAAAGUGAAACAAGGGUUAUCCUUACAACAACUAGUACAAAUAGCCACAUAGCUUCCAUUGCUGCUGAGUAACAACAACAAAUAAGCAAUUUAAAAAAGAAAAAAAAAAA